ACCUAACCCUAACGCUAACCCUAACCUAACCCGAGGUCCAAGCUACCUCUGUUCAUCUUCUUUAUAGCAGCAGGGAAUCACCAGCUCUCUCAGUUCUGCCUCUCUCUCUGGUAAUGGCAGAAAGCUUUGAAAGGGAAGAGCGGAAGAGGCCCAUCAGUUGCUAUCAAUAACUAGUGGAUUGAUUACCUCUUGUUUGAUCCCCAAAGAUCACAUCUUUCUUUUUCUUUUUUUUUUUGAUCUUUUUCUUGCACUUUUUAAGAUCUCUGCUUUUAUUGACACUGCGAAGUCUGAUUCGUCAUGAAGAGGCCCAUUGCAGACGCAGCUUCAUUCAUGGCGAUUUGCUCAAUUGAGGAGAACAAUGGCGCUUACUUGGAAGACGAGGACGAGGCAGCGGCGACGGCGGCGGAGGUAGGGUUGGGGGAGAAGAAGCGGCGGCUGAGCGUGGAGCAGGUGCGGGCGCUGGAGAAAAGCUUCGAGGUGGAGAACAAGCUGGAGUCGGAGCGGAAGCUGAGUCUGGCCGAGGAGCUCGGCCUCCAGCCGCGGCAGGUGGCGGUGUGGUUCCAGAACCGCCGCGCGCGGUCGAAGACCAAGCAGCUGGAGCGGGACUACACCGCCCUCAGCGCUGGCUACGACGCGCUCCGCCUCGACUACGACGCGCUUAGCCGCGACAAGGAGGCGCUCGUCGCCCAGAUCGAAGAGAUGAAGGCCAAAUUGGGCAGGGAGGAGAGCGCGAGCUUCGUCUCGUCGGGACCGGUGGCCUCCAAGGCGGCGGCGGGGGCGGGGGCGGCUGCAUCGGAGGAAGACCCCGCACCGGAACUCAUCUACAAGGAUGCCGGAUCAUCGGACAGCAGCGUCUCCAGCGACGUGCUCAACGGCGCGAACAGCCCCGCGGGGCAUCCGAAUCCGCCUCCGGCAGACUCGAACUCCUCCGCCAGGCUCGGCGACGCCGCCACCCCCUCCGCACCAAUUUCUGCACCGCAAUUGCCAAUCAAGGGUCAAGGAUUCCCACGCCAGACGCUAAAGCCGGAGGAGGAAUUCCUCGACCGGGAGGACGCAUUCAGCAGCAUCUUCUCCGACGAGCAGCCGCCCACUCUCAACUGGUACUUCUUCGAUCACUGGAACUGCAAGUAGCCAAAGGUAGCCGCCAUGGCCACGAUCUCCACCAUUAAUAUAUCAACAAUCACUGUAGCAAUAAUCCUACGAUUCGCAGCCGUAGACGAGCGCGAUUUGUAACAUAAUCGAAAUUUUUUAUUGUGAAAAUCAAACCUAAACCUCCCUGUAAAUAAUGCAAUAUUCAGAAGACUUCUCUGAGAUCAUCGAUACA